AUGGCUUGCCGUUUGUAUCUUCACCCGCUCGUCAUAUCGACGGCCCAACAGUUCUUCUUUAUCUACAUCGCAGGCUUCACAUCCAGCAAUUCGGCUCUGCGUCCAAUUGGUUUCGUAUUCUUUCUCAUCUCUACCUUUGUGGCACUUUCCUCAUUUGAAGACUUUAUCGAACCACCGGGAUGGGUCUCGAGAGCCAUCAUAUCCGCAUUUCCUCAGAUCUCACUUACAUACUUUGAGCGCAUGAUUGUACGCAAGAUUGCAUACGCCGAUGACAGAGAAAAAAAGGACCAACCUGCCCGAUCGAGGUUCCAAGAGUUCCGCUCGCGAUAUGUGUUUGGACAAGAGGUUGCGUCUUCAAUGAGAGGACUGGGUACAGCGUGGGAGAUCAGGAGCAUACACAACUUUGACUCUCGUGAUCCAAGCUAUGUCCCAACUGCGACGCCAUUUGUGUGCAUCAAUCUGUUAAAGGUGCUGCUCUGCUACUUUGUUCACAAGCUGUGCAUCACGACGCAGCUGAGUCUGAACAAGGGAUACAUGGCGCCCGUCUACGUACCCGUAUUUCGUCGUCUUGGCGAUGUGACCAUGGACGAGCUGCAGGUUCGCUACAUUGCGACCGUCACAACUGUUGUGUCAAUCUUUUGCUUCAUUCAGGGUGGUUACUCGCUGGCCUCAGCCGCUUCGGUCGUUAUGAACCCCAAAGCAGUCAAAGAUUGGCGACCGAUCUUUGGGGAAUUGUCGGAUUCGUAUUGUCUUCGACGCUUUUGGUCAACAUUUUGGCACCAGGGCCUGCAGAACAACCUUCGAGGUACCGCGACAUGGAUCGUCAAGAACGUGUUUCGUCUCAAUUCUUACUGUUUAGCUUCGAGAUAUCUCAAGAUUCUCCUCGCGUUUGCGCUGUCGGGCCUUGUACAUGUCCCAAGUGAUAUGGGAAGCGCCGUACCAGCAGCCAAAUCGGGAGCCAUUCAGUUCUUCUCGACGCAAUUGAUUGGACUUGUAUUUGAGGAUACAUUUGGGGACAUGUUUCUUCCUCUCUGGAAGUACAAGACUACAAGGGUUUUGGCAAAGUUGGUUGGAUACUUUUGGGUUAUUAGUUUUCUGGCGUGGUCGGGCCCCGUGAGAUGGUUCCCUGUAAUUCUUCAGCAGACGCCUGAAACUGAGCUCUUUAGACUGAGUGCCUUUAAGCCCAUGGCCAAGGUUAUGACCUGCUUUUAG